UUAAUUAAAGUCAGUUGUGCACGUGCACUCUUACUGCAAAAUACCCAAGAUUGAAAUUAACUAUUCGUCUUACUUCAACCUAAAAUGAUUAAAUGAAUUACCAGCUCUUAGAGUAGAUAUUAAAGUUCUGGAUCAUAUCGAGUGCUACAGAUUAAGAUAAUACAAUUUGUAAUUAAUAUGUGAAUCAAAACGGUUUAAGAACCACAAUUUUAACGGUGUUGUGUGGGUGGCCUGCUUUGAUAACUACUCGAAAAAUUCAAAAGAGCCAUGAUAUCGUGUAGGGCAGGUUUAGUAGUGUUGGCAGUAGUGGUUGUUGCAGCGGUUGUGGCUGUUUAUUUCAUUUCGAAAAGCUUCUCAUCAGCUGAUCAGUCCAGUGGUGCCAACUCUCCAGGACCGAGAGCGACAUCGACAUUACAGUUCCUAAUUGUUGUGAAUCGCCAUGGGAACAGAGGGUUUUACUCAUCCUUCCCCACUAACCCAUACCCCAUCAACGACACCAACUUUUGGCCGUUCGGUGCUGGCCAGUUGACUGUGAAAGGACGUGAUCAACUGUACGCGUUGGGGACCAAGAUCCGCUCCUUGUACAAUGGGUUCCUGAGUGAUCUCUACUUCCCCGAGGAUUUCAAAGCUUCUAGUACGCUGAUUGACAGGACCCUGCAGAGUGGGUUGAUGUUCCUAGCGGGGCUCUUUCCUCCAAAAGGCUUUGAAAUUUGGGACGGAAGCAUCCUAUGGCAGCCCAUCCCUCUUUAUCCUACUCACUUGGAUAGGACAAGGAUGGUAUCAUCUGCAGUAUCAGAAGUUGAGUGCCCUAAGUUCAACCUAGCUCAAAAGCAGUCCUUGAAUAAAUUCCUUGAAGUAUACGGUUCCAACGUGACAGGUCUCUUGAACUCCAUGCAACCCUACACGGGCAUGACCGUGGAACCCCAGUCACUUGUAUUCGAUAUGAUGAGACUUUGGGAUUCUCUAGCGUGUGUGGACAGUGAAGGACUUUCUCUCCCAGCUUGGACGAAGAGUUUCUACCCUGAGCCAAUGGCAGAUCUGGCGGAAAAGUUGUACACAGCAUUCACGAUUGGUUCGGACGACAUGAUAAGAUACUUACAAGGAGAACUGUUCAAGGAGAUGGUUGGACUGAUGCGGUCCAAAGCCAACAAUACUCUGAGUCCUGACAGAAGAAUGUACUAUUAUUCUGGCCACGACCACACAUUGAUGGGUCUGCUGGGGUAUCCUGAACCAGGGGGAUGCUGGGAUAAAUAUUGUCAACACCAGGUCUGCCCUAAUCUUCGAGCUACACAAAGACAACCAAACGGAUAUUUACUACAUUCAGGUGCUGUACAUAGACGGACACUCUACAGACUUGGAACCGACGCUACUCAGCUUUCCAGGGUGCAACUCUCCGUGUGAACUCAACACUUUAUUGAACCUGACUGAGAAAUACUACAACAUUACGGAUUAUACAGCAGAAUGCCAAAUUGCUUAAUUUAUCUAAGUAAAUGUGUUUUUUGUA